AUGAUAAUACCUGUACGUUGUUUUACUUGUGGUAAAUUAAUAGGAAACCUAUGGAGUGUUUAUGAGAAGAAACUCGAAGAAGGUUUAUCAAAAUGUGAUGCUUUGAAUGAAUUAAAUUUAUACAGAUAUUGUUGCCGACGAAUGAUAUUAACACAUGCUGAUAUGAUGGAUAAAUUAUUAUGUUAUAAUAUAUACGAAAGAAAACUGUAA